AGUAUGCAUGUUGACGGGGACUGACCAACAUCACUUCACUAGUUAUUUUUUUUAUAUUCGGGAUUGUUUAAUGGCCAGUUAUAAAAAAUAAGAUAUCCUCAAAUGUCUUCCUUGGCCUAUAUCCGGAUCGUGGGCUAUGUGACCACGAUAGUCCUUCACGUGGGUAACCUCAUGCUGCUGGGGCGACCACAGCCACCAGAGGUCGCUGAGGAUGUCAAGUUUAAAACCUUCGCCAGUUUACAGGCGCGAUAUCUCACUGUUUGGACCUUUUUUCUCCAAGCGGUCUUCGCUUCAGCCGGGCUGUGGUGUGACGUCCUCACGCUGAAAAACUCCAAGACCAAAGACUACAAAUUGCCCAAGCAUUUGAAAGGAUUCAGAGACGUACUGUUCGCGGCUAUAGUAUGGCCUUCUGUUCUUGUGGUCUCCACAACGUUCUGGCCCAUAUUUAUCUACGAUAGGAGCCUGGUCUUCCCGGAACACCUUGACAGAGUCAUUCCUCCUAUAUCCAACCAUAUAAUGCACACCUUCAUAGUCCCCCUGGCCUUGUGGGAGGUGCUUUUCCAACCAAGGUCCAAGCCCAGAUCGCAUAUGAGAAAUAUACUGCAUAUUUUGUUUCAUUUUGUAUUAUAUGCUGUCGUUCUCAUAUACACCUACGUUGAGAGAGGAAUAUGGAUAUACCCAAUACUACUGAAAUUGUAUGGCACCGUAUAUUUUUAUGUUAUCUUCGUAUUAUUGUUUACGAACAGUUUUAUAUUUUACGCGAUCCAAUGGCCGCUCACGGCUUUGAUCUGGGGGAAGAAGGUGCAGGGGAAGAGGAAGGGACAUUGAUUACAAAAAUAAAUAAAUAAAUUAAUCAUUAAUUUCUUUGUUGAUUAUGUAACUUUGUUAUGUCGUUUGUAUUUUGAUUUAAAAUUUUAAUUGUUUCUUUUUUUGCAUUUGAUGCAGUCAAUUGGAACAGUUGCAUGCAUUACAAAUCGUAGUAAUAUUAUAAAAGCGAAAGUUUGUGAGAAUGUGGACCCGCGCGCGGGGCCCUUUCUGAAUCUAUGUUGUGUAUGUUUGUCACUCUUUCACGCAAAAUCUACUGGAGCGAUUGUUAUGAAAUUUGGUACAUGGGUAAUAUAACCUGGAAUAACACAUAUGGUACUUUUUAUCCGGAAAUUCUCUAGAGGAGCGAGGCCCCGCAUAUAGAUGGAAAAAUUGACCUAAUUUGAUUUUAUUAUCAUAGUUUUAUUUGAUGUAUUUAUUAUUUAGUCGUAUUGUAAUUUAAUAAAUAUUUCAAUGAUUUUA